AUGACAACUGUGUUUGUGUCUCAGUGCCACGGCGGCUGUUCGGAGGUUGACUCCUUGACCGAGGCUGUGGCGGGAGAAGGGUUCCUGCUGGGCUGCAUCUCCUGUAAAAGAAGAGAGGAGGUAUCUGCCCGAGCCACUGUAGACUGGCACUUCAAACCCCUGGGAGAGGAGGAGUUCAGACAUAUUUUCCAUUAUGACCAUCCCAGUGCCGACAUCCUCCACGAAGAUUUCAGUGCACGUCUGAACUGGCAUGGGACACAAAACAGUGACAUUCAGAUAGGAGCCGUUUACAUUAACAACGUCUCUUUCAAUGACAUAGGAACAUACCGUUGCAGCAUCCACCGCACCCUCUUGCUUCCAGUGUAUAAUGAGGAUGUGACUGUGGAGAAGGAGGUGGAGCUCAGCGUGGUGGCAGUAGCCAAUCGGGACAUUACAGCGGUGAUCUCAGAGAUCAUGAUGUACGUGUUGAUCGUUGUUCUGCAGCUGUGGCUCAUCCUGAUUCUGGUCUACUGUUACAAGAAGAUUUCAGAGGAGCACGAAGCUCGGGAGGCCCGCAAAGCUCUAAAGGCUCAGUCAGAGCCUUUAGAAUCAAAAGACAACUGUGACGGGGUGCAGCUAGAGUAACAUUAUUAAAGUUGGACAUGCAACCUUCAUGAUUAACUGUGAAAGAAAGAAGCUGAUGGUACAGAAGGCAGAACAGAAG